AUGGAAGGCAUUCAAGCAAGAACACUUGACACAGAUGUGCUGAUGGACCUCACCGCCAAACUUCACCUUGACCACGCCCUUCAGCCCGUCAGAGCAAAAAUUGGAGCAAAGGAAUUUUCCCACGUACCUUUCGCUGUUCUGAACACUGGGAGCACCGGUAGGCAGACUAGGGAGGGAAGUAGAACUCUUGAGUAUGCAUUCGAGGAUUUCGGUAUUCGCCAGGUGGCGCAAGUGCUUGGGAAAACGGAUGAUGUUGAAUACUACGCGAACCGAUCCUAUUGGUACUGCAAUGUCUGGGGCACAACUGUGGAUAGUGAUGGAUACCAAGGAUUCAUGCAGAAGAGAUUCUCCAACGGAACCUUCUAUAAUACCGACCCUGUCGGCUACUUGCCGAAGGACACCAGGAGCAGUCAGGAGCGCUCGCUUCAGGAGAAUAACCAGAGUGGGUUCUAUGAAUCAUUGUCAUGGGAGUAUAGCUGGGAUGCACCACAUGAUACGGGAUACUUGAUUGAGCUCAUGGGAGGAAAAAUGAUGUUCACGGAUCGACUCGACCAUUUCUUUGGGGAAGGAUAUUACCAGGUGGGCAAUGAGCCUUCAUUUCAGGUUCAGCCGACUCCAAUCUCCUUGUAUUCCGCCAUCUGUCAACACUGGUAUUGGAGUCAUCGGCAACAGCUCUAUGAUCAUCUGCUCGGUAAAAGUUUACUCUCGAAGAAAUGCAUACUAUGCAAGGCAAAAUUCCACGCACAACCCUUGUCCGUCCUUGUCUGGAAGGAUUGGCGCUCAUAUGCGUCUCUGCCUAAAUUCAUCGCAAACGCAUCAUAUUUCCUGUCCAUUUUCCCGCAGUCCAUCAUACACAGCACACUCAUCAAACUGGAGGGCCUGAUUGGUGAGGACGAAAUCACGGGCACAAUGAAACACAGGGAGGGACGGUUAGUCAUCAUGCCUGACUUCAACAACAUGCAAGCAUUUGAGAUGCUCAGGCGGCUUGUUGCGCUUCAUGACGCCUCUGAACUAUACAGAUGUCUAAAAUUAUACACCUUGGACCUCUGUUUAUCAUCCUGGGCGCAACAUUAUUCAGAGACUUAUGACCCCACAAUAGAAGAUGCUUACAGGAAGCAGUUAAUUGUGGAUAACAAGAUGUGCUUGAUCGAAAUCAUUGAUACUGCUGGGCAGGAGGAGUACACCUCCUUGCGAGACCAAUGGGUGCGGUAUGCAACAAGCCUAGUAUUAGCCUAG